AUGGCGGAUGCGGCUAGUGGCGUAGGUGUAGAAAUUGCGGAACCUAAAACGAAUUUUAAAUCGAACGUGUGGAAACAUUUCGGUUUCCUCGUGACAAGAAAUGAGAAAGGAGAAAAGGUGACAGACAGAGAAAACACGACAUGCAGACACUGCCAGACUGCAGUGAAAUACAAGUGGGGGAAUACGACUAAUAUGAAGAGCCACUUGUUAAAUCAUCACCCAGAAAAGUUACGUGAAGAUACCGGGAACAAAAUCCAGACGGGACAAAAGACUAUAAAGGAAGCGUUUACAGCCUCACUCUCCCACAACAGUACGAGAGCUCAAGACAUCACAAGACGCAUUGGUGAAUUUAUUGCCAAAGACCUACAGCCAUUUUCAGUGGUAGACAACGAAGGUUUUAGGAGGUUAGUAAACACGCUGGAGCCAAAGUAUAAAAUACCAUCACGUCCAUACUUUAGUCAAACAUGUUUACCAGCUAUUUACAAAGAGACGAUGGCUAAAGUUGCACAGAGCCUCAAACAAGCCGAGUCGAUCUCUCUCACUACAGAUGGAUGGACUUCCCGAGCCACUCAGAGCUAUGUUACCAUCACAGCACAUGCUAUGACAAGUGAAUGGGAGAUAAAAAGUUUCGUCCUACAGACACGGGCUCUCUUUGAGUCACACACUGGACACAACAUAGGCGAGGUGAUAAAAUCUGCUGUUUCUGAGUGGGAGCUUGACAUGAUGAAUAACAAUAAUCACCAGGGCAUUGCAAUUGUUACGGACAACGCAAGAAACAUGGGUGUAGCGGUGAAAGAGGACGGUCUGUCCCCACACGUAAAGUGUUUUGCUCACACCCUAAAUCUUGCGUCCCAAGCAGGUUUGAAGGUAAACCGUGUUAGUCGUCUGCUUGGUAGAGUGAGGCGUGUAGCAGCGUUUUUUCACCGCAGUUCAACUGCUACCGCUGUGCUGACCUCCAAGCAGCGCAUGUUAAACCUGCCAGUACAUAAACUUAUAAUGGAUGUAGUAACACGGUGGAACAGCUCCCUGGACAUGAUUGAGCGCUACCUGGAGCAACAACAGGCCGUCGCUGCAGCCCUUCUAAGUGUUGAAGUCAGGCGCAAUGCACGUGAAAUAGACACUUUAGAAGCAGCCGACAUCGCAGAUGCUGAGGACAUUGUAAAACUUCUCACACCCUUGAAAAAAGCAACCACUGUGCUGUGUGAUGAAUCUUUGCCAACAGUUUCACUCAUCAUGCCCCUCAAACACAUGAUACAAGUAAGCAUGGUACAGCGCGAUGGAGACUCAAACACCAUCUCUCAAAUGAAGACAGCCAUACUGAAUGACUUGGCAGACCGGUACCAAGGGGAGCAGGCAGAGUUUCUGUACGAGAGCAGUGCGUUGGAUCCCCGAUUCCGAGCCCUGCCCAACCUGAAUGACAAUGAAAGGGAUGAAAUUUUCAACAGGCUGAAGUUGAAGACAAGACAGAUGCAGAACCAGAACCCUAGUGAAGGAGAAGGAGCAGCACCGGGCAGCCCUAAACCUGCCCUUGACCUGCCACAGAGAACACAUGCAGCUGUGGGAGGUGUCUCUCCUCCAUCCAAAAAGACUGCUCUUGAAGAUCUCCUUGGGGCUUCUUUUAGUCAGGUGGACAGCAGAACACAGCCCACAUCUGAGAUCGAAGCAGACAUUGACUCUUAUCGCAAAGAGACCCCUAUCUCACUCACUGCUUGUCCUCUCGAGUGGUGGAGAGUCAACAGCCAUCGUUACCCACUGCUGUCAACCUUGGCCAAGUCAUAUCUCUCUGUACCAGCAACCUCAGUCCCAAGUGAGAGGGUUUUCUCUGUAGCUGGGGACAUUGUAAAUGCCCAGAGAGCCCAGCUUCUACCAGAUAAUGUUGAUAUGCUCAUUUUCCUAAAAAAAAACCUGUCUCUGUGUGAGUAAGUCAGUAAAUGAGGUGAGAGUGAAUUUGCUAAAGCGAUAGUUCGCCCAAAAAUGAAAAUUGUGUCAUCAUUUAUUCACUCUCAUGUUGUUACAAACCCUCAUAGAUUUCUUUGUUCUGAUGAACACAAAGGAAGAUACAUAGUUUGUAACAACAUGAAAGUAAGUAAAUGAUAACAGAAUUUUCAUUUUUGGACAAACUAUCCCUUUAAUUAAUCCAGCUGCAAUAAGUAGGCUGCUAUUUUCUGUUGUUUUUGUUUUCAAGAAUUGGUUAUGUUAUGAGAUGUUAAAAGUUUACAAUUUUAUUACAUGGUCUAAUUGUUUUUUUUUUUUUUGACAAUUGAAAACUCUACACUGGAAGUUCCUGUUUCAAACUUACUUGACUGUUUUUUUUUUUUGCACUUUAAAAUUAAAACCUAAUCUACGCGGUAGAUAGGUAGUAGCAUAAAGAAAUAAUAAAAAAAAGUGAUGUGAAGGAUGUUAAAAUAGAUGUGACCUUUGUCAAGAUCCAGCUGGUGCAAUUAUUUUUUAAAGGGAGUUUAAGGUCACGUGA